AGAGGUGCACGCGGUGUUCUGUAACACGAUCAUUGGUCUGUGGAAACCAUUAUCCGUAUCAAGGAUUGUCGUAUGAGACGUCAUAGAGAACGGUUUAAUAAUGUUGAAAAAUCCUAAAUAUGUGUACGGAGACGAAGAUCUAUGUUUACCAGCUCAUUUGAACUUUGGAUCGUUUAUGUUGAAUAAUUUAUGGAUGAAUAAAGACAAAGUAACAUUGAUCAAUGGAUCAACACACGAAACACUGACUUGUGGAGAAAUAGCUCAAGAGGCUAUGAAUCUAGCGAUAUCACUGAAAAACAUUGGUUUUAAAAGGGGCGAAGUGGUAGCAAUUUGUUCAGAAAACAGAAGAGAAUUCUGGGGUACUGUUAUUGGAAUUGUGUGCGCCGGUGGUGUGGUGACUACUAUCAAUCCAGGAUAUAGUAAAGAUGAAUUGAUACAUGUUUUGAAUAUAUCGAAACCAAAAUAUAUAUUUUGUUCACCAAACACCUACAAUAUGUGUGAAAACACACUGAAAUCAAUGAACAUUGUUAGUAAAAUUAUUUUAUACGGAGAUGUAUCCAAUAAAGAAAAUAAUCUAUCAUAUAGCAAUUUAGCAAAGACAAAUGGAAAAGAUGUUGGAAUGAUUGACUUUGAAGAAUUUGAAGUAGUAGAAGUCAAUGGACAAACAGAUACUGUUUUUAUAUUAUAUUCAUCAGGAACUACAGGACUACCGAAAGGAGUUAUGCUCACUCACCUUAAUGUAUUAGUUUCAUGCUGUUUGGAACCAACUAUGCAAUCAGAUAAAAUAAAUCUUACAAUAACGCCUUGGUACCAUACAAUGGGACUUAUCGGAACGUUACGAGGUCUAUCAAAAGCGGUCAAAGUGGUCUUUUUACCAAAAUUUGAAAUAGAAUCGUAUCUCAACACAAUAGAACGAUACAAGAUUAAUUUGCUAGUAGUUGUUCCACCUGUGUUGGUCGCACUUUGUAAAUAUCAAUCUAACCAUGACGUCAGUUCUGUUAAUGUUAUAUAUUCCGGCGCCGCGCCUUUACAUGGAGAUACUAUAAAGGAUGUUCAUAAAAGAUUUCCCAAACUAGAAUCAGUAUUGCAAGGAUAUGGGAUGACUGAGGUCACGCUGGCAGUUGCGAGGGAUGUCCAAAGUAAAGCACAUUUGGCUAAGCCUGGUGGAGUUGGAUUCAUAGUAAAGAAUGCUGUUAUUAAGGUCGUGGACAUAAAUACAAGAGAGCCUUUAGGUCCAAACCAACCCGGUGAGAUAUGUGCGAAAGGCGUUAUUAUAAUGAAGGGUUACGUUGGUAAAAGUAAAGAAGAUGAUUUUGACGAAGAAGGUUUCUUCAAAACAGGUGACAUUGGUUACUACGAUGAAAACAAAUAUUUCUUUAUCGUUGAUCGACUCAAGGAACUUAUCAAAUACAAAGCUUAUCAGGUGCCACCAAUGGAAUUAGAAGCAGUACUGCUACAGCACCCAGCAGUACGUGACGCGGGUGUGGUGGGCCUGCCGGAUGCAUCAGCAGGCGAGGUGCCUCUCGCAUUUGUUGUGUUGCAACCCAAUGCCAACGCGACAGAAAAGGAGCUCCAGCAAUUUGUCGCUGAUAGACUGUCAAAUCCGAAACAAUUAAGGGGCGGUGUGCGAUUCGUGGAGGAGAUUCCUAAGAACCCUAGUGGAAAGAUAUUAAGGAAACGCCUUCGAGAGAUGAUCAAGACCACAAAGAGUAAACUGUGAAACACAUAGAGAAGGAAUUUACUGUUACUAAGUAACUUCAAAUUAGAUAAAAAUAAAUUUAUUAUCAAUAAUCUUCUAAAUAA